GAGGAGGCUGAGGGAUCUAGAACAGAUCAGGGAUUCUCGCUGAUAGUUGAGAAGACAGCAGACUACCCUGCUCCUGAGUACUCUCUGGUAGAAGAUGCGGCCCUCCACUUCACUUGUUUGAUGGACAGGCUGAAUGAGCAACGCCUCUUCCAGCCAGACCUGUGCGACGUGGACAUUGUCCUGGUGCAACAGAAGAGCAUCUUCCCAGCUCACAAGGGGGUCCUUGCAGCCUACAGCCAGUUCUUUCACUCUCUCUUCACCCAGAACAAGCAGCUCCAGCGGGUGGAGCUCUCCCUGGAGGUGCUGACCUCCCUCGGCCUUCAGCAGAUCCUGGAUUUCAUCUAUACCUCGAAACUGCUAGUCAACGCCUCCAACAUUCAGGAUGUCCUGAAUGCAGCAUCUGUCUUGCAGAUGAGCAGCAUUGCCUCCUCCUGCCAGGAGCUCAUCAGCACCCGAGCUCUCAGCUUAGCCAUGACCAACAAUAUGGCCUUGACUCCAGACGACUGUAGCAAAACUGGGCCACCUCCCCAGUUCUACUGUGACAUCAAGCAAGAAAUGGAUCCCCCACAUCCCAAGAUCUUCGCCCGAGAAGGGAACAUCCCGUAUUCUGUGCGGGUGGAGGAUGGCAACCAGAACCAUCCUGCCGUGGCCAGCAAGAAGUUCUACAAGGAGGAGAAGAGUGGUGUUCCUCCUGUCUGCAAGAUGGAAGGGGACACGUCUGAGGCGCACUUGGCCAGCCGAGGCUCCUACAGCCGUGGUGAGCAAAUCAUUGUGGAGGUCAACCUUAACAACCAGACCCUCAAUGUCUCUAAAGGCACAGAGGGACAGCCCUCGGCUGCUGACCAAGUGGCUACUGUGGCCACAGAGGCUGGGCAGACAGAAGGAGAAGGGCAUUCCUCUGUGGGGGAUCGAGAGCAGGAAAACGGGGGCAGGGAAGAUGAAGAUGAGGAUGCAGACGUGGGGGAUGAAGAUGAGCACUCUGAAGAGGAAGACCUGGAAGAUACCUCUGAAGAGGAGGAAGAGGAGGAGGAGGAAGAGGAGGAAGAGGAGGAGGAAGAGGAGGAAGAAGAGGACAAAGGGGACAAUGACAGUAAUGACACAGUGGAUGAGAUCAAAGGGGAGAAGGCUGGAGCACCCCACAGGACUAGACAACUUGCCAAGGCCACCAAGUCAGCUGUCUCCCAAAAAGCCACUGAAGUUGCCACAAUGAUGGAAGAAGGAGGAGAGGAGGAGGAGGAAGAGGAAGAGGAAGCAGCCGAGGAGGAAGGGGAGGACCAGAGAGGCAAGAAGCAGAAGAAGGAACAGGAUAGCCAUGGCCAGAAGGUGAAGCUGGAGGAGAAGCAGCAUUACCCCUGCAAGAAGUGCCCUCGGGUUUUUAACAACCGCUGGUACCUGGAGAAACACAUGAACGUCACGCACAGCCGCAUGCAGAUCUGUGACAAGUGUGGCAAGAGGUUUCUGCUGGAGAGCGAGCUACUCUUGCACCAUCAGACAGACUGUGAGAAGAACAUUCAGUGCAUUACUUGCGGGAAAGCUUUUAAGAAACUCUGGUCCCUGCACGAGCAUAACAAAAUUGUCCACAGUUAUGCUGAGAAGAAGUUCUCCUGCGAGAUCUGUGAGAAGAAGUUCUACACGAUGGCACAUGUGCGGAAACACAUGGUUGCUCACACCAAGGACAUGCCUUUCACCUGUGAGACGUGUGGGAAAUCGUUCAAGCGCAGCAUGUCUCUGAAAGUACAUUCUCUCCAGCAUUCGGGUGAGAAGCCAUUUAAAUGUGAGAAUUGCAAUGAGAGAUUCCAGUAUAAGUACCAGUUGCGCUCUCACAUGAGUAUCCACAUCGGGCACAAGCAAUUCAUGUGCCAGUGGUGCGGGAAGGACUUCAAUAUGAAGCAGUAUUUUGAUGAGCACAUGAAAACACACACAGGUGAAAAGCCAUACAUCUGCGAGAUCUGUGGGAAGAGCUUCACCAGCCGCCCCAACAUGAAACGCCACCGCCGGACCCACACGGGAGAGAAGCCCUACCCUUGCGACGUCUGUGGUCAGCGUUUCCGUUUCUCCAACAUGCUCAAGGCCCACAAGGAGAAGUGCUUCAGGGUCAGCAACCCGCCAGCUACAGAUCCCAGCCGAGAUACAGACUCCCUUGGUCUCCCCACAUCUCAGAAUGCCAACUCAACUCAUUUGACAACUGGAGUUCCAGUCCAUUCGACGUCACAUUCCCACGCACUUCCUCUGCCUCUUGUGCAUCCUCAUGCACGUAGCAUACCUCCUCCUCCUCUGUUACCCCCCCCACCAGCUCUCUUCCCAGGUAGCAGAGUGAAUAUGAACAACUAGACCCUGCUCAGUCUGGUGCGUCAAACUGGCUCGUAAUUCCACAGGUCUCUCCAAUGCCAUUGACUGUUGUAGGAAGCAUUCCGACUGGGUCUAUUCUGAACAGGCAUCAUGUCUGGGUUUCAGUUUGAGGGCCCUGAGGGUCUUGGCCUUCAACAGAAGCAUCAGGAGCCUUGAGGUCAUCAUUGCCACUCAAAUUCCCCAAGCCGUGAAGGUAAUAUUCUCAUCUGUUUGCUUGCGGAAAGAUGCAGACCAGCUACGCUUGACCUGUUCUUCUGAUACGCGUUGGACUUCCAGCUCUGAUCAUCCUUCAGUCUGUAUGGAUGGCGUAGAAGAGAUUCAUGUGUUAUUUUUUGACUAUGAAGAUCUAGAGAAAAUGCCCUGGUAGAGCAUGCCAGUGAGGAAGGUACAGUCAAGGACUUUCCAGACCUAUCUGGUCAAAUGUGGGUUUGGGGGAGUGAGAAGUAUAUGGGUUUCUCUUGGAGAUUGAAGGAGUGAGGUGCUUUCACCCAAGACAAGAAGGUUGGAAGAAAGCACUGUAGCUUUUCAUGUUCCUCUGAAGGGGAAUGGAGAAAUAUGGAAACAUUUCCCCAUGGAACUGGAAGGAAAUGGCAAGACAUGGAUGGUAAAGCUAUACUUGGUGUGAGAAAAUGGAUACUUGAGUGUGUGAGCGUGCAGCACUUUCUUCCAAGGCCAACUUCCCAUUCAUUCACUCUCCGUCAUUCUUGCCCAUCCCUUGGUGCAACUGUCCAUUUCUCAACUUCUGUAGUGUGAAGCUCACCUGGCCUCCUCUGAAGCUUCCAAGCUAGAGAUGAGGUCCCCCCUUCACGAAUAGUCACUUGAAAAUAGUAGAACAUUAGAAGCCUUUUUCUUGAUCACCAUCUGGGUACAACCAUCAGGCUUAAUUCAAGCAUCCUUGGGAGUGAUGAAGACAACAUCCAGCCUAAACACCAUCACUUAGUCUACAGAUCCUUGACUACACAUACUGUUCUUGAGCAGGAUUACUCACAACUCCUCUAGAAACCAACAUACUCUCUGCAAGCUCUUUUUCUACUGGUUUGGAGGAAGACAUUGAGCCGUUAAAAAAAUGUUUUUGGUUGUUUUAACUUUUUUUUUGCACUUUAUUAUAUCUAAUCCUAAGAGCUCUUCCACAAUAGGACAUUUGUAAGUUAUUCCAGACUCUUUUACCGAAGACCAGAACUUGGGGGCAUUAUUAGCUCAGCCAUUCUACGGUUGUCAUUCAUUUCCAAGGCAAAGGCCCCUUCAGUCCAUAUAAAAAUGGGCCAUGUUUCAAAAACCGACCCAUUCUUUUGCACGCAUGCAUACCAUAAGGGUUUCACUGCAUAUCUGCUUUGGGAAUCAUGUUUCCUCUUUCCUGCCCCAACUUUCACAGCUUUGGCAAAGCUUGGUGGAUCCUCUUUGGCUAGAACUUCCAAGACCUUUCUUUGUUUGUGUGUUUGUCCACGUGAGCAGGGCUGGCCCCUGGAACAACAGCCAUAAUGCCUGAAUGGACAAGGAAGAUGCUGCAGGAAGGCUGUGGCCCCAAAAAAUGUUCGAGAUAGUGCAAUAACGGUGAACUGGUGGACAAACGGCACGUGUUGAACUCUUGGGGGUUGAUUGUACGAUCUGUUCCUUCCUGGUGUGACCCUCAGGUCAAAGUCUUAAAGUGGUGGUUAACACUGGAAAGAGAGAUGCCUACAUCCUUUGAAACUUUGGUAGUGUAUAUUGGUGAGGAAGGAAGGACGGAAGGACAGACUUCGCACGUCUCAGACUAACUCUAUGAGUGCCUGGUAUUUGACCACCUAAUUAACUUUUAUGGCAUUUGGUAUCUACUGCCAAAUAGCCAGAACGGGGGGGAAAAAAUGUCCAUCAGUAACUCUUAGUAUUGGAAACGAAAGAAACUUUAUAACGAAGCACUUUAUUCUGUAUAGAUCUGUGGGAGGGAAAAUCUGAGAUUUUUUUUUUUUUAAUGCAUCUUAAGAAUUACUCUAGAAAAAAUACUGCACCUUUCCUUUUAACCGUCUUACAUAAAACCUGCAUAUUUUUUCUAGCUGGUGGGGGAAGGAUCUCCAGUGAUCACGGUCAGCUUCCAGUACUUACGGGUGUCCACCUUGGAACAGGUGGAGAACCACUUGGGCUCAAACCUUGCCCUCCCACUUGUUCAUGGGGGACCCAGCAUUUACUGGGGCGGGGGGUGCAAUUGGUACAUGAGAAGAUGCUAAACCCUAACAAUUAGAGCUUCCACCAUUUCAGAAGCCAGACCAGCCAAGGAGCAGCAAGAGAAGGGUUUACGAACAACUAAAUCAGUUGCUUAGUGGGCUGAUUCGCCCCUCUUCCCCACUGACCUUCCCCUCUAAAUGUGCUGGGAUGGACUAAACAUUGUUCUGCAGACUGAAUCAUGUCUUCAGUGGCAGAGAGAGAGGCCCGUUGCCUAUCAAAAAUAUUUCAGACCCCUUCCGGUCCCGUUGCCCGUAGUUCUGUAAGAAGGAAGCCCUUCUCAGAACAGAUUACAUUAAAGUGUGUUUUAAAUGACCGCCAAGCUGCUAGUCCACUGGAUUCCUCUCGUGCUAGCAGAGUUUCGAGGGUGACCCAAACUGCGUUACCAGUCUGUAUGACUUGCGUUGUCUGUUCGGGCUGUCCCCCUGCAAAACAUCAUGGCUGCAAUGUUGUGGCAUGUGUGUCUCCCCCUAUGCACAGGCCUUGGGUUUUUUUGCACUAGUGAUAGGAUUUCACAAGAGUUGUACUCAAUGCUCCCUUCCCAAAAAGGGGUUUGGCGCCGGACACCCGUCCAGAUCCUGAUUGGAAAUGAGAUCCGGGUCAUUUGAGAGCUCAAUUUAAGGGGCCAAAGGCUUACGCUAAACUCGGAAGCCCAUUGUUUACAUCGGGCGUGAAAUGGCUGUUUACCGACAGCAGAUCCCUUUUUUGCAAGUCCUGUCGUGGGAACACAUCUGGAGAGGCCCAUCCUGGUUGAAAGCCAUCCUGGUACCCCUCUCCAGAUGUGUUCUCAUUACAUUAUGCACUUGGGGAAUUCAGGGGUUCUUCCAGCAUAUCUGGAGGGCGUCAGGUUAGGAAACUCUCUCUUCAGGCAGACCUAAAGCUGGGGUUGCUUUAAAUAAAAGGUUUUAAUAUUUUGAAAGAGGUGUUUUUUUUCCUUGUUUCUCUUGACUCGCUCCUGCCAAAGAUGUUGGCUUCCUCCUCCUCCAACAGGUUUCUUGCUGGUUUAGAAGCGGCAUUGUUAAAAAAAAUGGAGUUUGUUUUUUUUAAUCCACCCCUUAAACCCAGCCAUAGAAAACGGGGGGGGGGUGUC